UGUGCAGGAAAAGGAAAUUUGAUAUAUAUUCAAAAUUGAGAAAAGGGGGAUAUCUCUAGGGCAGGCACAGGCAUGCGGCAUUUCGUGCUCUGAGGAGGCGCACGCGCACGCACGCAGUGUAUGGGGAUUUUUUGUUCCCCACUCAAUCUCUCUCUGUCUCUUCCUGGGGGUCUUCUACUCGCCGCCGCCUCCUCCUCCGUUGCCCUGUGCUCGGGCCCGCGCCAGGAUACUCAGGCCCGGCGCGGGGCACCGUAGCGCAUGCACCCGCAAGCAAACACCAGGCGUGUGGCUGAUGCAGGGAAGAGCGGCGGGAGAAAGAGGAGAAGCGAGAGCAGGAAAGGUAAAGAGGGGGAGAGAUGCCGAAGACCGGAAAAGCAGGAGAAAUGGCGGGGUGCGGAAAGGGGGGGGGGAGGGCCUCGCCCGCUUCCAUCCACGUGGUACACAUACCGCGCGUGCCCGUGUGUGCGCGCGAUCAGCACGCUCCGUGAGCCAGGGAAGGGGGAAGAAGAAGGGCGAGCGGGGAGGGGGGACAACGAGGGGGAUAGCGAGCACGCGGGAACGCUUCUCCUCCUCGGGUCUUUUGCAGCAGAGCACAGAGGAGGAAAGAGAGGGGGGGAGGGGACGAAGAGGGCCGCCCCGCCGCCGGAGAGGGAGGGGUGGUUCUCUCUUGCUCGUCGUGCGCCUCUCGGGCGCACGCGCGCAAAAGGGGAAAUCAAAAAGAAAAUCGAGGGAAGAACAAGCAAGCAUCCCAGCAGGAAGACAGCGCGCGGCAUACUCUGCUGCGCAUGGCGUUUGCUGCCUGCUGCUCGGAUCGAGGAGGAGGAAAAGGAUCGCAACCGGCGCAUGGCCGCGCGCGGGGGCGCACAUGCUCCGCCUGCAAUCAUCCCCCACGAAUGACACGCAGAGAGGGAGGAGGGAGGAGGGGACAGGGGGAAGGGAGGGGCGCCUUGGGCGGGGAAAGGAGACGGGAGAGGGGGGAAGGGCGGCGCGCCUCUCCGACGCAGCGUGAGAGGAAGAGGAGCGCCUUUCCGGGCUUCCGUCUUCACCCAAAAGCCCAGACACUCUAGUAGCGCCUUUCCUCUCGCCCUCUCGCCCUUUCACACUCUAUAUCUCGCACCCUCGCUGGGGCUUCUCACAGAGGCCAGGUGGCUCUCUUGCGCGUGGCCAGGCACGCGGCGCUGCUGUUCCGCCCGCUCCGAAUCCCCCGCCCGCUCCGAAUCCCCCGCCCGCUCCGAAUCCCCCGCCCGCUCCGAACCCC